AUGUUCCGCACCGCCCUCCUCCGCUCCGCACGAUGCGUCGCCCAGCAGACUAGCGUUCGCGCCGCCUCACCUGCCGUCCGCACCGCUCUGCGCACUCCUUUCAUCACAAGCCGCAUCUCCACCCCCGCGACAUCACUCUCCGCCGUACGGUGCUAUGCUUCCUCUUCCGGACUUGGACAGGAGGAAGUUACUGGAAGRAUUCUGGAUCUGUUGAAGAACUUUGACAAGGUCUCGGAUGCUUCAAAGCUUGCGGCGAACUCCCACUUCACCAACGACCUCGGAUUGGACAGCUUGGAUACCGUUGAGGUGGUCAUGGCGAUAGAGGAGGAGUUCAGCAUUGAGAUCCCAGAUAAGGAGGCGGAUGCCAUCCACAGUGUGGAGCAAGCCGUGAACUACAUCAUGAAGCAGCCAGAUGCCCACUAG